CUUAGCUCCGAGAAGAUGAAAGGUCGGAGCAAACAGACAGGAUCGGGACGGCAAGGAGCAACGCAGGGACCACAGGAGCGCCACACACACCCCGAGGUUUCGGCCCCUGUUAGAGUCACUUCUCUUUCCCUUGCGGAACGCUUAUUCCAGGAACCACGGAGCCGGUCACAACCGAAACCGCGGGAGCGCGUCCGGGCGACACCGGGCCGACGCGGGAACCAUCCCCCGAGGACCUCCUCCCCAACCCGAAGGCUUCCUCUCGGCCGUCCUCACCUGCCAGUCAUCAUGAACUUAUUUCAGCUGAUUCGUGACCACUGGGUUCACAUACUUGUCCCCGCGGGCUUUAUCUUUGGAUGUUAUCUAGACAGGAGGGAUGAUGAAAAGCUGACUGCCUUCCGGAAUAAGAGCAUGCUUUUUCAAAGGGAACUGAGGUCCAAUGAAGAAGUUACUUGGAAGUAAAGACUGGUUAAAUCACUGAAUGAUCACAUUUUAAAAGUUGUAAAAGAAAUAAAAACAUGAUUUAGAUGAA